CACGUGUUUCUCUUCUUUCAACAUGGCGUCCGCCAGGAGGGUGAAACGCGUGGCGGCGUCGCAGCCAGGUUUUUUAAAUUUAAAGACUUCCAAGGACUCCGCGGAGUCGCUGGGCUUCAAGAGGAAACGCGUUAACAGGAAUAAAAAGAAGAACUGGAACAAAUACAGCGACAUAAAUGACGUGGAGUCGUUUUUAGACGACGUCAGGCACCAGGAGAGGACGACAGGUGGUCUACUGUCUGAGAAGUCAGAUGACAGUUUGUUCUUUUUGGAUAUCGGAGAACCGAAGAAAGUCGAACAGAAAGUACCAGAAUCUGUUGAGGGGAAGAAGAGGAAAGGAAAAACAUCACGUCCCCUGAGGAUUGACCUGAUCCUGCAGCACGACUCCCUCGUUCCACCACCGAAAGAUGUGCUGGCCUAUCAGCAACCAAAUGCCAAGAAACUCCGUCGCAUUGCCCAGAAGGCUGAGCAUCUUGCAGCCAAAGGUGUGGUGCCACGGAGGCAGAAACGGCUGCUGAGCAGAAAGCCUGUCGUCAAAGGGGCCAACAAGGCAGUGACAGAGGCCAACAAUUACCCCAGCAGAGGAUAUUACGACAUAUGGGGGCAAGAGACCAAAGAUUCAGCAGACCCCUGGUACCUUCAACAGACUGGCAAGAAGCGUGUUAAGCGUCCAGAGAAGUUGAACGAGAAGCCGUCUGUCCUCCCUGCUGUGGAGGUCAUCGCCCCAGGAGGAUCCUACAACCCAGACUUCUUUUCCCACCAGGCCUUGCUGAAGGACGCCCAUGAGGUGGAGGUUAAGAAAAAAAAGGAGGAAGACAAAUUAGAGAGACAGCUGGCCGUCAACAAAGAGGACACAGCCACAGUGGACACGAUCUUACAAGAAGAGGUGGAAGGUCUGGUAGAAGAAGAGGAGGAUGAAGAAGAAACACCACCUAACGAGGAAGAGGAGGAUGCAAUAGUCGGAGCCAUCUCACUGGCACAAAAAAAGACUGAGAGACAGAGGAAGAAAGAAAAGGCAGAAAAAAUAAAGGAGCAACUGCGGCUCACCAACAGACGGGAGACUGACCAGCGACAGCAGCUCUUCCAGCUUCGCUCCAUUAAGGCGUCUGUCAAACAGCAGGAACAGAGUACAGACGAAAAACAGAAACUACGCAAGGCCAACCAGGAAGCUGAGAAAAGCCAGCCCAGACGCCUCGGCAAACUCAAGUUCCAGCCUCAGGACAUGGAGGUUCAGUUGAGUGACGAGCUGGCCGGCUCCCUGCGACAACUCAAGCCAGAGGGCAGCGUCCUCAAGGACCGCUUCAAGAGUCUGCAGAAGAGGAACCUGAUUGAACCCAGAGAAAGAGCCAAGUUCAAGAGGAGACUCAAGCUGAAGUAUGUGGAGAAGAGGGCUUUUAAGGAGAUCACUUAGUGCCGACCCACAAACCACAGGAGCCGAACACGAGAAGCUGGGCGACGCUUAAAGCCACAAGUGCAACAUGAUGGAACUGUGUAUAUACAAUGUAAUAACUGUUGAUUUCCUGCUUGUCCUUUUCAGACAAUUACAACUUAUAAUUAAAAAAAAAAAAAC